CACUCUUAGCUGUCACUCAGACCUCCACCGAGAUUGCGGAAGUGUCAAGUUUCUCUUAACACAACUCCCUGUUGUCAACAGCACGGUAGAAGAAGCAAGUGGCUUUUGUGUUGAAGUGAGAAGAGUUCAAUCAAAGUCAGCACUCUUUUCUCUUCUUAAGACAAGGCUCCGGAUAGAAGCUUCUUCCUCGUGUCAUAAAACAAACACUACCCUUGACUUCCCACUAUUGGCUUUAAAUCCUAGAAUCUGCUCUGUGCUUGCAAGACAGAGCAGAGCAGAAAUCUGACCGCUUCAGACCUUCUCUGAACUCCUGCUGAGGAGUUCAAGUGUUCUUCUUGGUGAAGGCCAUUUUGUUCCUGGUGAGAAGCAAUCCAGGUGUUUUUCUCAACUCAAGAGAAUCCACGGAGCAUACCAUGGUCAAGAAAGUCGCAGUGAUCGGAGCUGGCGUGAGUGGCCUCUCCUCUAUCAAGUGUUGCUUAGAUGAAGACCUGGAACCCACCUGCUUUGAGAGAAGCGAUGACUUCGGAGGACUGUGGAAGUUUGCCGAAACUUCCAAUGACGGAAUGACCAGAGUCUACAGGUCACUAGUGACAAAUGUCUGCAAGGAAAUGUCAUCUUACAGUGACUUCCCAUACCAAGAAGAUUACCCCAAUUUCAUGGACCACAAGAAAUUCUGGGAGUAUCUCAGGGAAUUUGCCGAGCACUUUGACCUCCUGAAAUAUAUCCGGUUUAAGACUACUGUGCGCAGUGUGACACAACGCCCAGACUUCUCUGAAACCGGCCAGUGGGAUGUUGUCACAGAGACAGAUGGCAAACAACACAGAGCUGUAUUUGAUGCUGUCAUGGUUUGUACUGGGCAAUUCCUGAGCCCACGUUUACCUCCGGAGUCCUUCCCUGGGAUCCAUAAGUUUAAAGGACAGAUCCUACACAGCCAAGAGUACAAGAUUCCGGAUGCCUUUCAGGGCAAGCGCAUCAUGGUGGUUGGUCUUGGGAACUCGGGAGCAGACAUCGCAGUGGAGCUCAGUAGAAUAGCAGCCCAGGUGUUUCUCAGCACUAGAAGUGGUGCCUGGGUUAUAAGCCGCUCUUCACGUGGUGGCUACCCCUUCAAUAUGAUGCUCACAAGAAGAUGUAAUAAUUUUAUUGCAAGCGUUCUGCCUUCCUGUUUUAUAAGCUGGGGUAAACAGAAGCAACUUAACCAUGAGAAUUAUGGAUUAAGCAUUGCAAAAGGGAAAGAAUCAAAAUUUAUCGUGAAUGAUGAGCUACCAAGCUGCAUCCUCUGUGGGAAAGUCACCAUGAAAACCAGCAUCAAGGAUUUUACAGAAUCCUCUGUCAUCUUUGAAGAUGGGACAAUAGAAGUCAACAUUGAUGCAGUGAUCUUCUGUACAGGAUAUGAAUUUUCUUUUCCCUUUUUUGAAGAACCUCUCAAAAGCCUUUGUACAAAGAGGAUCAUGCUAUACAAGCGAGUCUUUCCCCCAAAUUUGGAGAGAACAACAUUAGCUAUUAUUGGCUUGAUCAGCCUUACGGGGUCCAUCUUAGCUGGCACAGAGCUCCAAGCACGGUGGGCUACAAGAGUAUUCAAAGGGCUCUGUAACAUCCCUCCAUCCAAGAAACUGAUGGCUGAAGCCACGAAAAAGGAGCAGCUCAUUAAAAGGGGUGUGAUUAAAGAUACUAGUGAAGACAAACUCGACUUCAUUUCCUACCUGGAUGAGAUCGCUCGGUGCAUAGGUUCAAAACCCAACAUCCCACUUCUGUUCCUCACGGAUCCAAGACUAGCCUGGGAAGUUUAUUUUGGACCAUGUUCCCCUUACCAAUACCGCCUAAUGGGCCCUGGGAAAUGGGAUGGAGCCAGAAAUGCCAUCAUGACCCAGUGGGACAGGACCAUAAAACCACUAAAAACUCGGACUCUUCCUAAGUCCCCUGAGACUGCCACUCUGUCACGUUACUUAAAAGUUUGGGGGGCACCUCUCCUACUUGCCUCUCUUAUACUUUUCUAUAAAUCUUCACUUUUUCUUAAGUUGUUGCAAGACAAACUGCAAGGAAGAGUUUUCCCUAGCCGUGCCCUGUGGUACAUCCCCCAGCAUCCAUGAGUUGGUCCUCACUGUGACAUUGGAGGAAGUAUCUGGGGUACCCUCAUGAAUGGAUUGGUUCUGCUCUCAAAUACCGGGUCAGUUUUCAUAGUUUGGGUUGUCAUAAAGCAAGGCUGCAUUUCUGUGCAUUUAUUUGCCCUUCAACCUUCUACCAUGUAAGGACACAGUACAAAUCGCCCACCAGAAGCUGCCACUAUGGCCUUGAAACCUGUGACCUCACAAAUCGUGAGCAAAAUAAAAUUCUUUUAUUUUA